AUGGGCGGUACUGGGUCACUCCUUUGCAGGAACCCAGUUGCCCUACUGGCGGAAAGUUUAACGGCAAAGUCUGCACAGUCCAAUCAGUUCCGACAUGUCGAGCUGGCCAAUACUCCAAUGGAAGGUGCAUCAUCUCAGAGUCUCCUCGAUGCCGCCCUGGUGCCGUCUUCAAUGGCGAAAAAUGUGUCCUUGAGAAACGUGCAAGCUGCCCUCCAGGCUCGAUACUCAGCGGCAAGAGAUGCAUUUCCAGUACUCCUCCGUCCCCAGCGCCCAGAGUGUCCUAAAGGCUCAACACUUGUCGGCAAAUACUGCAAAUUCCCUGAUCUCCCUGUCUGCGAGCCCGGAACCAACCGCCACGAGAACGACUGCUCGUCUCCUGUUCCCCCAGAAUGCUCCACUGGAAGUUCCUUCAACGGCGUGAACUGUGUUUCCACCGACCGUCCUUCUUGCAAGCCCGGUUUCAUCUUCAACGGACCCACUUGUGUCUCUGAGAAGGAUGUCCCCAACUGCCUUCAGGGCAUGCAUUUUGACGGAACCAACUGUGUUUCCAAGACUCCACCUGUAUGCGAUUAUGGCAAGUCUUUCGAUGGCAAGGUUUGCGUUGACCAUACCGACACCAAAUGCGGGCCUGGUCUUGUAUUUGAUGGAACUAGCUGUGUAUCCAAAGAGCCUCCUCGCUGUGAGCCUGGAACAAGCUGGACCGGAAGCAAGUGUGCUUCAGAGAAGAACCCUAGUUGUGAUCCUGGAAUGACAUACAACGCUGAGACUGAGUCUUGUGAUUCUAAUACCGAGCCAAAGUGUCCUCCAGGCACCGAGCUCAGAGAUGACAUCUGA